UUUGCACUCGCAAAUGGUUUUUCUUCGAGGGGAUUGAGGUCGGAGUUUGGGUCGGUGUGGGGCGCGCACUGGGGGAAGCAGCGGAAGUUAACGAUGGGGGUGCCUCUGGGUUCAGUUUCCAGAGCGGUUGUCUACGUUGUUCUUGUCGUGAUCUGCUCUGCGGUCUUCGAGUGUGAUGCUCAACUCUUGCCACAGGAUGAAGUUGAUACACUAAACACAAUCGCCACGAAAAUGCAAAACCGAUAUUGGAAUGCAACUGAAACGACAUGCAUUGAGGGUAGAGGUCUAUACGUGCCGACCUUACCUUCAGGAAUAAUAACCAGCGUGACUUGCAACUGUUCCUUCAUUAACGGCACAGUUUGCCAUGUCACGAGGAUCCAGCUGAGGGAACUUAAUUUGACAGGGAUUUUUCCUGAUGAAUUCGGCAACCUCAAGUAUCUAACAGAAAUAGACCUCUCUCGUAACUACAUCAACGGAACGAUCCCCACAACUCUUACUCAGAUACCACUUACCAUUCUGUCAGCACUUGGAAAUCGCAUAAGUGGUAUUCCCAAGGAAAUUGGCAACAUCAGCACACUGGAGGAGCUUGUAUUAGAGGACAAUCUGCUUGAAGGCGCUCUUGAGUCUAACAUUGGAAACUUGAGCCGCUUAACGAGACUCCUUCUAUCUGCUAACAAUUUCACGGGAACAAUACCUGAAUCCUUUGGCAAUCUGAAGAACUUAGAAGAUUUUCGUAUAGAUGGAAGCACAUUAUCAGAAAAGAUACCUGAUUUUAUCGGGAAUUGGACCAAAAUUAUGAGAUUGGACAUGCAAGGAACAUCUAUGGAGGGACCUAUUCCUUCUAGCAUUUCUUUGUUGAAAAACUUGACAGAGUUGAGAAUAUCUGAUUUGAAAGGUCCAAGCUCGAAUUUUCCUGAUUUGCAGGGCAUGAACAUGAUGACUACUUUGAUUCUGAGAAAUUGCUUGCUUACUGGCUCAAUUCCAGAUUACAUUGGGGAAUGGACAGGUUUGAAGACAUUAGACCUGAGUGUCAAUAGAUUGACCGGUCAAGUUCCUGACAAGAUGGGAGAUGCUCUGAAUUACAUGUUUCUGACAAACAACUCCCUUACUGGAGCAGUACCCACUUGGGUAACAAGCAGCAAGCAAUCUCUCGACUUAUCUUACAACAAUUUCUUCGGCUCUCCUCCAACCAGUUGUCAGCAAUCACAAGCUAAUUUGGUUUCCAGCUAUUCAUCCAACGGAAACAACUCGCUCUGGUGCUUGGAGAAGGAUCUACCCUGCAGCGGGAAAGCACAAUACGAUUCCUUGUUUAUCAAUUGUGGAGGAAUCGAAAUUACAGAUGACGGGAAUCAAUAUGAAGCGGACACCAGUCCAUACGGGCCAUCAUUUUUCUCUUCUUCUUCUUCAAAAAAGUGGGCUUACAGCACCACAGGGGUUUAUAUGGGAAAUGAUGCUGCUGAUUACACAGCGAAUUACCCAUAUAUUUUGAAUGUGAACGGCUCAGGAUUUUACCAAACGGCUCGCCUUUCUCCUUGGUCGAUCAGAUACUAUGGCCUUUGCUUGAUGAAGGGAAGUUACAAAGUGCGGCUCCAUUUUGCUGAAUUUCAAUAUUCCGACGACGAAACAUUUAGCAGCCUCGGGAGACGUAUAUUCGAUGUAUCGAUACAAGGCAAUCAAGUGUUGAAGGAUUUUAAUAUUGCAAAGGAAGCGGGAGGUGUUGGGAAGAACAUACUCAAGGUCUUCGAUAAUAUUUAUGUUAGUGGCAGUACUUUGGAGAUUCAUUUAUAUUGGUCAGGGAAGGGAACCACAGCCAUUCCUUAUAGAGGUACCUAUGGACCACUUAUUUCUGCUAUUGCAGUGACACGGAACGCUGAUGCUGGAAGCGCUGGACUAUCAGCUGGAGCAAUCACUGGAAUCGCGGUAGCUUCAGUGGUUCUCCUUGUAUUGAUAUUACUAGUCCUUUGGCUAACAGGAUUAUUAGGCGGCAGAGAAGUUGGAGAUCCAGAAUUACGUGGGCUAGAUCUCCAAACUAGCCAUUUCACUUUAAGGCAAAUCAAAGCUGCUACAGACAACUUUGACUCUGUGAAUAAGAUAGGUGAAGGAGGGUUUGGGCCAGUUUAUAAGGGAACACUGUCAGAUGGAAUUAUAAUUGCUGUGAAGCAGCUUUCUUCUAGAUCAAAGCAAGGCAAUCGUGAAUUUCUCAACGAGAUAGGCAUGAUAUCUGCUCUCCAGCACCCAAAUCUCGUAAAGCUUUACGGCUGCUGCAUUGAAGGAAAUCAGUUAUUGCUAGUUUACGAAUAUUUAGAGAACAAUAGUCUUGCCCGCGCACUUUUUGGACGAGAUGAGCAGCAGAUUGAGUUGGACUGGGCCGCGAGAAAGAAAAUAUGUUUUGGAAUAGCCAGGGGAUUGGCUUACCUUCACGAGGAAUCUAGGUUGAAAAUUGUUCAUAGGGACAUAAAAGCGGCAAAUGUGCUGCUCGAUAAGGAACUAAAUGCCAAGAUCUCAGAUUUUGGUUUGGCCAAACUCGAUGAAGAAGAGAAUACGCAUAUCAGCACGAGGAUAGCUGGAACAAUAGGUUAUAUGGCUCCUGAAUAUGCGAUGAGGGGCCACUUGACAGAUAAAGCCGAUGUCUACAGCUUUGGAGUCGUCGCUUUGGAAAUUGUCAGCGGAAAGAGCAACACAAAUUCCAGGUCGAAGGAAGAAUUUGUUUAUCUCCUUGACUGGGCCCAUGCGUUACAAGAGCAAGGGAACGUUCUUGAAUUCGUGGAUCCACGUCUCGGCUCAGAUUACUCCGAGGAAGAGGCAAUGAGAAUGCUAAACCUGGCACUACUAUGCACCAAUCCUUCACCAACUCUCAGGCCGCCAAUGUCAUCUGUGGUGAGCAUGCUCGAAGGAAAAAGCGCAAUUCAAGCACGGAUAGUCAAUCGCACCACAACAAAUCCAGAUCCUAGGUUCAGAGCCUUCGAGAGGCUAGCUAAUGACAGCCAAACAAAUGUCUCGACAUUCUCUCAGGACAGUGAGCAGGUGCUCGGAAGCAUGUCCAUACAAGGUCCGUGGAUUGAUUCUUCAGUUUAUUUCACGAGUAAGGAUGAGACCCGCAGCCAUUCUUCAGAGAGCGAGCUUCUCCCAGAUUUUUAGGACUCGGAUUCGUUCAGUAAUUAUUAUCCGUUGAUCAUUUUCUCUAUCCAAUAGAGUAAAGAAACUAGAUGGUGGAAAUAUAGGGAAUAACAAUAUUGCACGUCAUUGUCCGUCCAAGUUCUCACAUGAGAAUAGAGCAUGGGCUGGCCUUUAGGCACAAGGUCUGGCUUCAUCCGGAUGACUCUCAGUUGUAUG